AUGUUCCCUUCCAACCAAAACAAUAUUAAUCAGUUAGUAGGUUUCGAUUUUUCCGCUGAAAAUCUCCAAGAAUUUAAUUAUAAUUAUGAUCACACGGAUGCUUCUUUUGCUGCUGCUGCUGCUGCUGCUUCUUCUUCUUCUGAUCAUCAAUAUCAAACCUCUUUUGUUAACAAUAAUACUACUGUCGUUUUGGAUUUCAUGAAUCCUACCGGUGCCGCCGGUGCCGGAGGGGCCUCUGCCUACUGGCCAAGUCAACCGGAAAUGAUGGAGCCGCCGGAGAUGAACAACAACAACAACAACAACGACGAUGGUGGCGAGAAGCAAAAGAAAUUAGUUACCCACAAAGAGGUCGAGAGACAAAGGAGACAAGAAAUGGCCAAACUUCAUUCUUCUCUCAGAGAUCUUCUUCCUCUAGAGUUCAUCAAGGGAAAGAGAUCAGUUGCAGACCACAUGAGUGAGGCAGUGAAUUACAUUAGUCAUCUCCAAAACAGAAUAAGAGAAUUGGAUAAUAAAAAGGAGAAACUAAAAGGAGCCGGUUCAUCAUCAUCAAGAGGUUUCGUGAGUGUUAGCCCUUGUUCUAUCGGCGUCCAAAUCUUGAUCUCUUGCGAUCAAGAUGUUCUUCUUUCAAAGGUCAUUCAAGUUUUGGUUGAAGAAGGGCAUGACAUUGUUAGCUGUGUUUCUAAUCUUGUCAAUGACAAACUUCUUCACACUAUUAAAUCCGAGGUGAAUGAUCCUUCUGGGAUUGACAUGUCUAUGUUGCAACAGAAGCUGAGCUAUGUUAUAAAUUGCAACUAA